CAGGUGGGGCAGCAGGAUGCAGCACACCAAGAGGACAGUGCGCCUGGACCGGGGGCAGAGGCUGCAGGCAGUGUGUGUGCUGGGCACCUGCCUCUCCGUGGACGUCAAUGGGGGCGCACCAACAGAAUGCAAGUGGUUCAGCAUGCACCACUCGCCAAACGUUGAGGCUGAAGUACUAAGCAGUGAUCUAUCCAACCAGAAAGUCAUCAAUGGUGAGAAACUGUGGAACUUGUCCAGCAAAACAAUGGUGGAGCUUCGGAUGACUACACCCAGCACUGAGACCAAUGAUGGCAAGGUCACGUUUGGGUACUAUGGGAAAGGAUCAGAUGUGCCAAUAGACAAAGCUGGACUCUAUCUCACUGGAGUUGAAAUCUCUCUGGAUGUGGAUGCAGACAGGGAUGGAAUUGUGGAAAAGAAUAAUCCACAGAAGGCAUCAUGGACGUGGGGCCCUAAUGGUCAGGGAGCCAUCCUGCUGGUGAAUUGUGACAAGGACAGUCUACUGUCUCGGACAGUUGACGGAGGAGAUGACAUUAUGCUCAGUAAAGCAGAUCUGCUGGACAUGUCUCGUAUGGUCCUCCGAACCCGUGGGCCAGAGAAGCUCCCUGCCGGUUAUCAUCUCCUGCUUUACAUCUCUGCAUCGGACUCUGAGAAUCUGGGAGUGUUUCACUGUCACAGUAAGGUCUAUACACAUGUUCUUGGAAAGGAAAAGCUGUUCUACAAGGCCCGGUACACUGGGUUGAAUGAAUUGGAGUUCUUUGUGGAAGGCAUUCGUUUCCCAGAUGAGGGGUUCAAUGGCCUGGUGUCAAUCAAAGCCAGCUUGCUAGAAUCCCAGGUGGAGGGCAUCCCAGAGACCCCUAUUUUCACAGAUGUGGUGACAUUCCGCGUGGCUCCUCUGAUCAUUACUCCAAAUACUCUUGAACCAGUGGAGGUUUAUGUCUGCAGUGUGAAAGAUAAUUACCUUUUCCUAAAGCAUAUCAAGGCUUUAGUGAGCGAGGCGAAUUACAAGAUUCAGAUCUGCUUUGAAUAUGUCAACCGUGGUGAUCGUUGGAUGCAGGAUGAAAUGGAAUUCGGAUAUAUCGACGCUCCGCACAAAAGCUUCCCUGUGGUCCUGGAUUCCCCGAGAGAUGGAAACCUAAAGGACUUCCCAGUCCGAGAUAUUCUGGGCCCAGACUUUGGUUAUGUGACCAAAAUUGCAGCUUCUUCAGAAGUCACUAGCCUGGACUCCUUUGGGAAUUUAGAAGUCAGCCCUCCUGUGACCGUACAAGGGAAGAAAUAUCCUCUGGGGCGGAUGCUGAUCGGAAGCAGUUUCCCCACCACUACUGGACGGAGGAUGACCAAAGUGGUUCGAGACUUUCUCUUUGCUCAGCGUGUUCAGGCGCCCAUCGAGCUUUUCUCUGAUUGGCUGUACGUAGGCCACAUAGAUGAAUUCUUGUCCUUUGUGCCGACAUCUGAUCGACAGGGAUUCCGCCUGCUCCUGGCUAGUCCUGCUAAAUGCUUUCAAAUUUUUCAAGAGAAGAAGGCGGAAGGUCAAGGUGACGCCACCAUGUUUCAGGGACUGGAAACCAAAAGAUGGACCGUUACCAAAAUUCUCUCCACAGACAGCAUUGUGCAAGAGAACAAUUAUGCACAGCACUGCAUUGACUGGAACCGGGAUAUCCUUAAGCAGGAGUUGGGGCUCACAGAAGACGACAUUAUUGAUAUUCCAGCUCUCUUUAGGCUCGAUAAAGGUGGCAAGGCCUUGGCAUUCUUCCCAAACAUGGUUAAUAUGAUUGUUUUGGGGAAAGAAUUGGGAAUCCCCAAACCUUACGGACCCAUCAUUAAGGAGACCUGCUGUCUGGAGGACUAUGUCAUCUCUGUGUUCAAACCCCUGGAAUUGAAGUGCACAUUUAUUGAUGAUGUCGUAUCAUACCACAAAAAAUUGGGUGAGGUGCACUGUGGCACCAACGUACGUCGAAAGCCUUUCACAUUCAAGUGGUGGCAAAUGGAAGAGCCUUAAUUUUUUAACUAUUUUGCUUGUGAUCCACUUUUCUGUUCUUUUAGCCUUUUUUUUUUUUUCGUAACUGCAACAACCCACUGUAUUGGGAAUAAUCUACAAUAUUUCCAUACAAAGCAUUCUCUGUGCUGGUGACCGGCUUUGCUAAUUACUAAUUAUAGCAAGGGUAUGCUUUGUACAGGCCCUAUAUGCAGCAUUAUUUCCCAGAUCACUUCAUUAAACAGUGAUAUUACCAACAUACCACAGAAUGAAAAGCAACGGUUUCAAUUCUCAGCCCAACACGGAGGUAAAUAAAUGACAAUAUUCACCAUUCCAAGCCAUUAAUAAUAGAAGUUUUGCGCUGUCUCUAGCUGCAUAGUUCAUUGUUGCUUUAACUGAGGAUAGCGUUGGAUCAUCUGUCAUCUAGGCUCCCGAUUAAAUAAUCGGAUACAAGUGGUAACGGGACUAUUCCGCCUAGUUACUGGGCUGAAAAUGGGUCAUAACUGCGGCAGUGCCAAGUGCGGCAGUGGGCAGAGUAAACCACCAAUGUACAGAAAAAAUAAUGGAUAUGUGGCAUUCUAGUCACUAAAUUCCGUCCUCCGUGACCUGAAUCAGUUAUGCCACAUAUACAAAUGUUAUUCUACAGUUAAAUCAUUUUUAGUUUUUUUAAUUAUUAUAAUUUUGUUCCUAUUUCCGUCAGAGGCUGCUCUUCCCUUAUUGCUAUGUAUUCAGCCCCUCCGCUCUAUCCCCUAGCAUGCUGGGUAUUAACUCACUGGUUAUUUAUUCUGGGACUUUUUGUGUCUGCCUGUAAAAGGAUGCAAUUUAUCUUGUGUUUUUUACACUACUAACCUGUUACUCCACUGUUUUCUAACUCUAUUUUUCUAGAAACGUCAUUUUAGCUAGUUUCACGUUUGUGUUUUGGACUUUUCGGUCCCUCUCUCGCUAUUUCAGUUCUUCAAAUCGAUAAAAUAAAAUGAAUGUAUCCUUGC